CCGAUCGUAAAGGGCGGGGCGAAGUACGAUUCUUCAUAGCUGAUGACGUCAACUGUAAUCAUCGGUCGCUUGUGGUACGACGUUCACGUCGCGUCGGAACGAGUUGAUAACGAUGGUCCUCGUCAAGGAGUACCGCGUGGUUUUACCCUGCAGUGUUGAGGAGUAUCAAGUGGGACAGUUGUUUUCUGUGGCUGAAGCAAGUAAGAAUGAAACCGGCGGUGGGGAAGGGAUUGAGGUACUCAAAAAUGAGCCCUAUGCGGAACAUGGAGAGAAAGGACAGUAUACCCACAAAAUCUACCGCCUGAAGAGUAAAGUGCCAGGUUUUAUUCAGCUCUUGGCACCAGAAAGCGCCUUUGUGUUCCAUGAAAAAGCCUGGAACGCCUACCCCUACUGCAGAACUGAAGUGACGAAUGAAUAUAUGAAAGAUAAUUUCCUGAUCAAGAUUGAGACGUGGCAUAAACCGGAUCUUGGAACACAAGAAAAUGUGCACAAACUAGAUCGUUCUUCCUGGCAGCAAGUCGCUGUUGUGCCUAUUGACAUUGCUGACAAUAGUAAAGUUUCAUCCUCUGACUACAAGCCGGAUGAGGACCCCGCCAAGUUCAAGUCAGUUAAGACAGGAAGAGGACCACUUGGACCUCUUUGGAAGAAAGAGCUGAGUGCCGAGACUGACUGCCCUAGAAUGUGUGCCUACAAACUGGUCACAGUCAAGUUUAAAUGGUUUGGCCUGCAGACUAAAGUCGAGAAUUUUAUCCAUGAGCAAGAAAAGAGGAUCUUCACCAACUUUCACCGCCAGCUUUUCUGUUGGAUUGACAAGUGGGUGGAGCUAACAAUGGAUGACAUUCGACGGAUGGAGGCAGAGACUCAGAAGGAGCUGGAUGAGCUCCGCAGAAAAGGUGAAGUAAGAGGAACGAGUGCUGCAGACGAAUAAAGCAGCAAAGGAUCUCAAACCGCCAAAAUAACAGCAGCAAUCGUGGCUGCUAACAGGGCUUCUUCUGUGGCACUUUGAAACAUUCAGGCUGUGGACGAGGUGUUGGGGGGGUCUCAUGCAAUCAAUAGAGCAGAUCCCUCGCUUGCACCCAAUCAUAAGUCCUCUAUCCACUAAGGAAUUGAUUUCUAGAAAACCGACACCGUCUUUACCGAUGUCCUUUUGCUUUGUGGCCCUCUGCGUGAUAAUGAAAACAAAUUGUUCUUGCUCAAGAUACGUUUCAUCGGCGCAGAUUCACCCUCUUGAACUCAGAUUGACACGUUGGACCUUAUAAUACCGGCUGUUUUCUUUUUAAGCCCCAAAACAUUCCUCCUGAGAUGAUUCCCAGUUCUGUCUUUUUCACAGUUUUAACUGCACACACUGGUUCAGCGGUUUGCAUUCCUCAGUAUGAGUAUGUGUGUGUGUGUGUCACUUUUUUUCUUCCCCUCUUCCUCCACAAGCUCCAUUAAGAGAUUACUAUCGCCCUUUGCACCUCCGCCCAUUGUAAUCCUCCUAUCAACAGUCCACCUAACCCAAAGCAUUGCAUCUUAUUAACACCGACAAUCAUGCCUGUGCAUGUCAUCUCAUUCAACACACACACACACAGAGGUGCAAAUGCCUUUGCAGUGACUGAUCCUCUUAACGAACCUGAGCGGAUCCAUGCAAGCGCGAUCAGCUCGGUGACGUUAAUUUAGCGAACAUGAUUAUGCCCCCAUCAUUCCCAUCUCCAAUAAGCUCCCCAUUCUGAGGACAUGAAUUCAUGAGUCACAUUGCCCCCAAAAUGAACAAGAAAAACAACCCCAGAUGGUGCUUGGUCCCCUUGAGCUUGGUGCUGCUCGGCCCACCUUUGCCUCUCCGCCCCAGAAGCCCGCCCGCCCGCCUUGUUGAGCUGGUAGAGUGUGUUCGUUUUCAUUCUCACUGUGUUUACACGAGUGCUUCACCAGUGCCCAGUUAAAACCAGCGCUCCCCACAGCUUGCCUUAACCUCUGAACCUUUCGGACCUAAUCUCACCUACUGUACCUCUGCAACCAGCUGCUCGCUUUUAGCUACCUCCCUUGUUUCUGGCUGACCAUUUCACGGACACCUUAAGGUCAAGGCUUGCUAUUGCUGUAGCAGCUACUAUACUUUUUGGAGUCAGUGAUUGCAGGGCUUUAUGAUGUGUCUUUAUUUGUCAUAUGUAAUUUGGUUUAAUGUGUCUUGUUUUUGUUUUGCAUGUCUGAAUUUUCACUGUUUGAUGGACCUGCCAUAUCAAUGAGUCCUGAAUUUCAACUCCACAGUGCACUCUCAGUCUGUGUUAAUUAAGCCUGUGUUCAUGUGUUAAGGGCUAUCGUUUUGAAUCAUGACUAGUGUAACGUGCAUUUACCAAUUGAUUCCGCCCUGGAAUUAAUUUGUGCAUUUGUAAUCACAAGAACAUUUGUAUUGUAUAAUUCGACUUUUUUUUUUGUUCUUCUCGAUCCUUUCAUUUCAUAUCCAAAGAAUAUCACUGCCUUUGUUUACACACAUUCAGCAAUUAUGAGCUGGUAAAAUUGGACAAAGACGUCUCAUUGAAAACUAGUGUCCAACAUGACUUAACAAUGGGAUAGUUUGAUGGUCCGUUAACCAUUUCAUUUUACCGUGGUAUAGCUUUCAAUGGAAAUUAAGUAUUACAAUUUCAAGUUUGCGCAAAAUUGUGUUGGAGAGCUUGCGCUUUUUGACAAAUGUACAUACAAAAAGGCCCUGUUCUUAUUCUACCCAAAUGUCUCAGAGAAGCCUUUCUGUCAAAAAUACGUUUAGUACACAACUCCAGCUGCAAGUCUGACAGCAGACCCACUGGCUAAAAUUCAUUUGAGCUUAAUAAUCAGUCAUAACACUGAUAAAGGCAGGAAAUGUUUUUUUUUUGUGUGGAGCAACUGUACUGUCUUGUCCUAAAUUAUAAAAUCUACAACUGUAAAAGUAAUCACAACUGCUUGAUUCCAGAUGUUUUUGAUCCAAUUUUGAUAAUUGGGGAACACGGGGUUGAAUGUAGAUGUUGUGCUAUUUCUGCCUUUAAAUACGCAAGUGUUAAUUGAAAUAUACAUGUGAUUUGAAUAUCAAAUAAAUUUUGACAAAAAAGUUCACUUGU